ACCCCAUAGCUCCUAAUGCCCCCCAUUGCCCCCCACUAUUGCUGCCCCUACUCAGCCCUGCCCUCUCGAGGGAGCGUGGCCACAAUUGACCACGCCCCCUCAUCUCAAGCCCCGCCCCUUGCGCGGCGGAAGUCUCGCGAGAAGAUGUGCGGGGGCUGCGUGAGCACCGAGUACCCCGAGCGGGGCACUACCUGCUUGGAAGGAGGCUCCUUCUUGCUUAACUUCGUGGGCUGUGCGCGAUGCGGCCGCCGGGACUUCGUGCUGCUGGGCAACCGCGCCUCAGGCCUGCACGGGGAUGAGGAGAUCAUCACCUAUGACCACCUGUGUAAGAACUGCCACCACCUGAUUGCACGGCACGAAUACACCUUCAGCGUGGUGGAUGACUACCAGAGCAAAGUGGAGGACAUCGUGCAGGAGGUGUUCGACGCCUACAAGACGAACCACCACGCAGUGCAGUUUGUCCUGCAGCGGGAGAAGCACUUCCACUACCUGAAGAGAGGCCUCAGGCAGCUGGGAGAAGCCUACGAGUGUCUGGAUGCCAGCCGCCCUUGGCUCUGCUAUUGGAUCCUACACAGCCUGGAGCUGCUGGAGGAGCCCAUUCCCCAGUCGGUUGCCUCUGAUGUCUGCCAGUUCCUGAGUUGCUGCCAGAGUCCCCAGGGUGGCUUUGGGGGGGGGCCGGGCCAGCACCCCCAUCUGGCCCCCACUUACGCUGCUGUCAACGCGCUCUGCAUCAUCGGUACAGAAGAAGCAUAUAACGUCAUUAAUAGGCAGAAGCUGCUGGAGUAUCUACACACAUUGAAGCAGCCCGAUGGCUCCUUCCUGAUGCACGUGGGUGGCGAGGUGGAUGUCAGGAGCGCCUACUGUGCUGCUGCCGUGGCAUCGCUGACCAACGUCCUCACACCAGCUCUAUUCACAGGGACGGCCGAAUGGAUCGCAAGGUGCCAGAACUGGGAGGGGGGUAUCGGUGGGGUGCCGGGCAUGGAGGCUCAUGGUGGAUACACCUUCUGCGGGCUGGCAGCGCUGGUUAUACUGAAGAAGGAGCAUCUGUUGAACCUACGCAGCUUGCUGCACUGGGUGACCGGGCGGCAGAUGCACUUUGAAGGUGGCUUCCAGGGUCGUUGCAACAAGCUGGUGGAUGGCUGCUAUUCCUUCUGGCAGGCAGGGCUGCUGCCACUGCUGCAUAGAGCCCUUCAUACACAGGGUGACUUGGCUCUCAGCAUGUCACACUGGAUGUUCGACCAGUCUGCGCUGCAGGAGUAUAUCCUGCUCUGCUGCCAGUGCCCAGCUGGGGGGCUGCUGGACAAGCCAGGAAAGUCACGGGACUUCUAUCACACCUGCUACUGCCUGAGCGGGUUGGCCAUCGCCCAGCACUUUGGUAGCGGAGAUCUGCACCAUGAGCUGGUCCUGGGCAUCCCUGAAAACCGCCUGCGGCCCACACAUCCCGUCUACAACAUCGUGCCGGAGAAAGUGGUGAAGGCGGUGAUGCAUUUCUUGCAGCAGCCCGUGCCCAGCCUGGAGGCUGCAGGGUAGGGGGGCAGAGCGAGGCCCUCAGGGUGCUAGCCAUACCAAAAAGGAGCCGGGGGGGCCAUAAAACAGAGCUGCCACCUGCCCUCAGGGUGAGUAAGGAGCAAGGGAAGGUUCCCAGCCCUGCUCCCCCCUCCCCAACCCCAAGAAAACACGGUUACCAUGGGGAAGGAUAAAAUAAGUUUUGGGUUUCUUUUUUUUUCCUUUUUAUUAUUUAUAAGUCUUAUAGUAAAGGGAAGCCUUAACUUGCAAGACAA